UGUAGACUCUGUAAUCUCUAAUGCACAUGAUGAACAUAGCAAUUUAUUUAUUUGGUUCUGACAACAUCUACUCACUGGCCCAACCUCAUUUAUUUCUUCCCCUAAUUUUCUUCUUCUUCCAUUAAUUUGCACUACACACUUCCACAAAAGAAAAUGUCUAUAUCAAAUUUACCUGCAGAUUCUGCAUUUAGCCUCAAAUACGGCAUCGCCAUUGCCGUCGCCAUUUUGAUUCUCAUUUCCAUCAUCAUGUUCGCCUCCUACGCUUGUCUUCGUGUCAAAUUAGCCGGAGAUUUGACGCCACCGUCGUCUUCUUCAAAUGAGACUAGUAAUAAUAAUUACAACAUCUAUGGCUACUUCUUCGGAUUGGAUCGGCCGGUUAUAGAGUCGUUCCCCAAAGUAGUGUUGGGUGAAAGUAAGAGAUUGCCUAGUUCAAUUAGUGAUACGAAUACAUGCGCAAUAUGCUUGUGUGAAUAUUGUGUGAAGGAUUCCGUUCGUUGUAUGCCGGAGUGUAAUCACUGUUUUCACGCCGAUUGUGUUGACGAAUGGUUGCAGAAGAGUGGGAGUUGUCCGAUCUGUAGGAGCUCUCCGGUUUCUACAUCUGCAGGUUCAACACCGCUGCCUGUGCCUAAUUAUUAUAGGUUUAAUUUUGUAUAGAAUUAGUUCUAGUUUGAAAUAUCUCUCUAACCUGCGCACCCCACUAUAUAAAUAGCCUUCAAACUAUGUAAAGAUGAUCGACUCAAAAGGCAUCGAAAGAAAAUUAAUCUCCAAUCAUUCACGUGGAUAAUCACCUUCAAAUCAA